ACGCGAUAACAUCUCCGAGAGAACAGUAAUCGUUGAAGAAGAAGAACAAAAAGUGUCAAUCUUUCGUAACUAGAGUCCAAAUCGAAGUCCAAAACUCCAACUAAAAAAAGGGGGUUUUAGGGUUUACUCCAGAGACGAAAGAGAAGCAAUGAGCGACGCGUUCUGCUCGGACUGCAAGAAACACACGGAGGUCGUGUUCGAUCACUCCGCCGGAGACACCGUCUGCUCGGAGUGCGGCCUCGUCCUCGAGUCUCACUCAAUCGACGAAACCUCCGAGUGGCGCACCUUCGCCAACGAGUCGGGCGACAACGAUCCCGUCCGCGUCGGUGGUCCGACGAACCCGCUUCUCGCCGACGGGGGUCUCACCACCGUCAUUUCGAAACCUAACGGAUCGUCCGGGGACUUUCUCUCGUCUUCGCUUGGUCGUUGGCAGAACCGGGGAUCGAACCCUGAUCGUGGGCUUAUCGUCGCGUUCAAGACGAUCGCCACUAUGGCUGAUAGGUUGGGGCUUGUGGCGACCAUCAAGGACCGAGCCAAUGAGAUAUAUAAAAGGGUAGAGGAUCAGAAGUCAAGCAGAGGAAGGAAUCAGGAUGCUCUUUUGGCUGCUUGUUUAUACAUUGCUUGUCGGCAAGAGGACAAGCCACGAACAGUCAAGGAAAUAUGUUCUGUUGCCAAUGGAGCUACUAAGAAGGAGAUUGGUCGUGCAAAAGAGUAUAUAGUCAAACAGUUGGGACUUGAAACUGGACAAUCAGUAGAAAUGGGAACUAUCCACGCCGGAGACUUCAUGAGACGUUUUUGCUCCAAUCUUGGUAUGACUAACCAAACGGUGAAGGCGGCUCAAGAAUCUGUGAAGAAGUCAGAGGAGUUCGAUAUAAGGAGGAGUCCCAUAUCGAUUGCAGCAGCGGUUAUAUACAUCAUAACACAGCUCUCUGAUGAGAAGAAGCCUCUUCGAGAUAUCUCAGUGGCAACUGGAGUUGCAGAAGGAACUAUUAGGAACUCGUACAAAGAUCUCUACCCUCACCUUCCCAAGAUCAUACCAGCUUGGUAUGCUAAAGAAGAAGAUCUCAAGAACCUUCAGAGCCCUUAGAGUGUUUCAUCUUCUCUCUCUUAACUUGUUACCACGCCUUCUUGUUUGAUAAAUCAAGUCUAGUUUCUAUUGGAAUCUGGGGUUAUAGAGUUGUUUGGUCCAGACUUGAACCAGAGUUCUCAAGUAGAUUUGUAUCCAGAGAAAAAUUAAUCCAAAGAUUCGUGUAUUGGUUAA